ACAUGUUUUCUACAUUAUGUGUAUUUUAGUAUGAGUCAACGACCUGGGAAGAACGACUCUAACAGAUUUUCUCUGUUUAUGUGCGGUGGCCUUAACUUGGAUGACAAGUCCAGUGUAGCCAGUAGCUCUAACCUUGACUCACCAGUUUCGCCUAAUGCAGGGUUGUCCCACUCAUCAUCUACCUCUUCUAUACAAUCAUACGACAGCGACAACUCUACGCCAUUCAAAUCUUCUGAUGCCUGUGUUAUCAAAGUUUCCCUGGAAACUGGUGCUACACCAAAAUCUCAUGUUUAUAAAAGUAUCAUGUUACAUAACACAGACCAUACAAACACAGUGAUACAGAGAAUCUUGGAUAAAUAUGAUAUCAAGGGGAAGGAAAAGGAUUACUGCUUGUUACAAGCUCUUCCUGAUGGAGAGUUGAUGAUACCAGAGAAAGCCAAUGUGUUUUAUGCCAUGAACAAUAAUGGAGAUUAUAAUUUUGUGUUACGGACGAAAAAAGAACAAGAUGCUCUUACACAGAGUAAGAAACGGAAUAGACGUCGGCUCAAACUGCCAUUAUCAUAGCAGUGCUUAAAAUGUGCAAUAACAGUAACAUAUCCUGUCAGAGAUCCUGUCACAUAUCUUGUGAGAUUACUACAAAAACAACACGACUGUAGGCAGUAAUACUCUUCAAAAGCUGGAGUUGUGAUUUAAUGCGAAUUGUUCCAUUCGUGGAAAGGCUAAUGUGAAAUAAUGUACUGAAGAAUGUACUUAAAGCAUUGGGUGCCUGCACCGAGGGGCAUGUUUAUAGAUUGUAUAAACUAAACAAAAGCAGUACUAGCAGAAAGGAAUCAGAAGUGCUAUAAGCUGAACCAUGUUCUAUAAUACUCCAGUGCUUACUAAUCAAGUGCGAUCAGUCAUUUGUGCUACAUACUCAAAAUGGAUGCUUAAUACUAUAAUACUCGUUGUGCUGCUGGACAGUGCAAUAUGUCGGGGCAAUUUUGCCCAUUUCUGUCUCGUAUUUGGUGUAACCUAGUCAUUUUUAGGCGGUAGUAAACUGAUCCUACCUGUUCAUCUGUACUUACUGCAUUAGUGUAGGAUUUAGUCAAUUGUUUUGUCAACUGUAGAAAUACAAAAUGUAUUGAGUUUAGAUAGAGUCACUUAGUAUAUCAAAGUUUUAAAUGUACACGUAGGUACUUAGAUUGCUACAAAUUUAAAAGAAUGCAUAAAAACAUAGCUUUUGCCUGCCCAUCUUUUGUUGGAAUGACUAAUUUUCUAGGACUCCAUUUUAAAAUGUCAAGUCAUUUGGAUAUAUCAUUUUAAGAUAAAUAUUCUUUUCAAAAGCAGAUCAUUAUGAGACUGCCAUCUUGUUAUGAUGAAAAUUAAAGUGGAAUUAUGCACAUUUUUCAAGUUAAAACCCAGCUGAAAUAGAUGUGUGUGUAAAAAGGAUGGAGGAAAUUUUAGCUUUUAACCCAGUAUACCAAACUCUUUUUGUUACCAGUACGAAAUAAUUCUCCAAAUAUGACUUUUCUCAUUUUGACUGGGGCAGUCUUUUUAAAGAAAGUCGAACUGCAUGCUGGAGUUGCUUCCAUCAAUUUCAGAAAUUAUCUACUGUAGGUAAGGCAGAUCACUGCCUAGAAGAUUGAAGAAAAAAACUAUUAUUUUAUUAGUCUGAUUUCUUUAUUUUUAAAGAAAAAACUUCAAUUACUUAUGUGGCAUUACCAUUCAUUUAACACAUUUAAAUGCUCUGUAACCGAAAAUUGCUUUCAUAAAACAUUCGCCAAAAACACGUGCCGUAAGAUGUGCAUAAUGUCACUUUAAAGUUCAGUGUCACAUUUUUUGACAAUACCAAUCUUGUUUUAGUUAAUAUAUAUAUAUUUGUUUAUUUAUUCUAACAGAUCCUUAUUGCAUCAUUUCAUGUUUGCUGAUUAUUACAGAAAUACAUGCUUGUUUUUCGACAAGCACCAGGAAUGAACAGAAGUAUAAAUUAUUAUGCCAUAAAUUUAGAGUGAUGCCAGUAGUUUAAAAUGAAAUAAUGGGCUUCUGGUCUUGUAAAUAAUUUGUGAACAACUCUUAGCUUUCUGCCAUGUUUUUUUUUCUAACAUUUCUGUGAAGAAGUUCUGAUAAUAUUGGGAACAGUCUAAAUAACUUGUCUAGUGGAGAUAUAACGGGAAUCAGCCAGUUUGUUAAAUAGGCUGGUCGAGAUAAAAAUAGGACCGAGUCAUACAUCUGUUUCUGAGGCAGAAAUGUAUUAAGUUUAGAUAAAAUGGGAACCACUCGAUAUCGACAUUGUGGCUGAAGUAUGUUUAGUAUGUACAUGUAGGAUUUAUCAAAGAUUACUUACUAGUGAACCAGACCAUGAUUUCAUAUUAACACUGGUUGAUAAUUUAGUUGUAGCUCAUACAUCUUGUGUGCAAUAAAUUAUUUUAUAGGGUAGUUCUAGAAGUUGUGAUUUUACAAUACAGUAUAUAUUUUGAAGAACAUAUUGUACAUUUUAUGUCUAUUUAUAAGUAGAUAUUUAGUAUACAUUUCAGUUGUUUUACAGUGUAUCGUAUUAUGCUACAUUUUAAAGAACCCUAGCUGCUUUUAAACAUUUGUCAGUAUAUUUAUUGUUAUAGAAAUCCUUAUCAACUUGUUAUUGAUGCCCUGUUAUAUAUUAUGCAUCUUUAAUUAAACCAUGCUUUUCUCCAGACUCCAAGAUUAGGAGACCAGUCAAAAAUUUCUGUCUUACCAUUGGUCAAUUUCAGGAAUGAUCUGAGGAUCAACCAGUCGGAUGGUUUUGUUUUUAGACUGGUCAGUAACCAUGGAGUCAAGUGAGACAGUGCUAUGUCCCUGAUAUUUUCUGCAGUCCAGCUGGUCUGGAUACAGUAUGCUUGAUAAAUUAUAAGACAAAUAUAUUUAAAUUUUACCCUUUCAUCUGUUACAGUUUGUACUUAAUGAUUAAAACACACCCAGUUUAUGGCUUAUCCUUCAACAUGUCAUUGUUAGUACCUGUUUAUGUAGUACAGCCUACCAUUAUAUACUUGAGUUACAUUUGUUUACUGAGGAAAGAAAUCGAGGUUUUGAAGCUUGUUAUAAUAUGAGACAAGUGUUGUUGCAAAUUAAAAGAUCUUUUUUACUGUCAUAUUGAUGGAGUAAGUUUCUACUACUUCUAUUUGUAACAAGUGGUUUUUAAUGAUACAGAAAUUAGAACCCUCUCAAAAUAUUUUUUAGAGUUUUGUUCAAAGAAUGUAUCAAGGUUGAUUAUGGACCUACUUAAACCAUCAAACAUUCAUCGUAAUUAGAAAUUCAGUUUACAGUUUUGUUUCUUCUCCUUUCUUUUAAGAAAGCAAAAUAAUAAUGCAAUAUGCAUUAACAGUUUUUUUGCUUUGUUCAUAAGUUUGGAACCUUUUGACCCUUGGCAGUAUUCACAUUGGCCUUACAAUCCAAAAGUAAUAACUUAUUAUGCAGGUUUUUUUUCACAUUGAUCUACUGGCCUGAUAAAUUCUUAGUAAUAUUAGGCUGGUAGAUUAUGUAGUAAUUUUUCAUUUCUUACAUAAAAGAGAAAAGAUAAAAUACAUUAGUGGAUGCACUCUGUUCCUUGUAGUAAUUUUUUUGAUGCAGGAAAACACAACUUCAUGCUACAGAUUAUCAAAGUGAACAGAAACUGAAUUAUGUUUUUCUCCUUUAGACUGCCAUGAGGUCAUUUAGUUCCUUGUUGUAUUGUAAAAAAAGGGAAAAGUUUUGUGUUCUGUAAGUUUGAUAAUUAUAUAAAAAAAAAUUAUUUAAGAGAAAAAUGUAGUCAAUGUUGUUGUACUUUGUGGGCUAGAGAAAACUACAGUUUUGUUAAAUAUCCAUGUAGUGUAACAAGUAAAAGAAUAUUAACAUGUUUAAAAUUCAUACAUUGUCAAUGCACAGUGGCCAUCAGAACUUUUAUAACCCCAAUAUCGAAGAAAGUGUUUUACUCAUAUUGUGUUCAUUGUUUAUACAUACAUUUAAAAAAUACAUUUUAAUACAGUGAUUUUCUUUUAUAACAAUUCUUGUGAGCUUGUUACUAUAUUCAAGUUUUUAGUAUUUGUAUUAUGUUAAUUUAUUGAAACAAUUUUCCAGAUUUUAAAGUAGACUUAUUAUAUAUGGUAUUAAGGUAGUUCUGCACAUUUGAUUAACUGUAAGUGAUGGGGGUAACAUCAUUUAUCUGGAAUACCUAGAAUAAUGCCUUGUAACCUCUAUGGAUGUAGCAUAUAUGCUGCUGAGAAUCUAUUAUAUCCCAUGUAUCGAGUGGUAAACUCUUUCCUCAAGUUGAUUUUGACAAAAAGUUCAUUUUGGUGUAAAGUGAUUAGAUAUAUCUACACAAAACAAGCAGCAAUGUUAGGACUAUCUUUCAUAUUUGGUGAAUUGUGAAAAAUUAAGUUAAAAUACCUAUACUUUUUGUUUGGCUAUUUAGGUAGGUGUACAAAAAACAUUGAAAUACAGGUUUUUCCCAGUUUAUUGACAACAUAGUGUACUUCCACUCUCAGUUUUACAUACCCGUGUUAAAAUUUAGCCCUUCCGCUUAGCUCAGGAGGUAGAGCGUUGGUCUGGACCGCGGCGUCGUGAGUUUGAUCCUCGGACCGGGCAUAUGUUCUCUGUGACUAUCUGAUAAACCACAUUAUGUCUGAAAUCAUUAGUCCUCCACCUCUGAUUCAUGUGGGGAAGAUGGCAGUUACUUGUGGAGAACAGGUUUGUACUGGUACAGAAUUCAGGAAGACUGGUUAGGUUAACUGCCUGCCGUUACAUGACUGAAAUACUGUGAAAAAAUGGCGUUAAACCCAAAACAAACAAAAUUACCCGUGUUUCCUCUUUCCUCUCACAUCUAUAUUACAUUAAAUAACUUCAUACUGCUUUAGAAUUUCUAAAACUGACACAAGAAAUGUUGCGGAGUGUUUCUUUGAUCAGUUGUGAGAAAUUGUGGUUUAGUAACUGCUAUUGUUAGCCACUAACAGGGCUGUACUGCUUGCCUAUGACAGGGCCUUACUGCUAGCUACAGACUGCUGGCUACUCAAAGGGCCGUACUGCAAGCACAGCUGGCGGCCUUCAAACAAUUCUUAACAGUAGGGUUUUGUUGAGAAGUUACUUGUGGCAAGAACAAUAAAUUAAGUAGAACUUUUUUUUUAAAUGAGGAAAUCAAAGAGAUCUUUUCAAUACUGUUUACCAAGUUCUUAUAAUAAUUAUUGUCAAGAGGUUGUAGCUGAUUCUUCCUAUAUGGACACAAAAUGUUUUCUGUGAAGCGGUUCUAGUCCGACUGUUAUGAAAUGUAACAUACUCUUGUUGGUACAAUAUAAUUAUGUAGGUGCUACUGCGUUGUCUCUUGAUGAAAUGUUUACAACAUGUCCAGAUAUAAACUAUGAAUAAACUCGUGGACAGUAAUAAAAGAAUGAAAUACAAA